ACCAAGCCGGUUUUUUACUUACUUUCUUGUCCACAUGGUGUCUUUCAAGAUCUUGCCUAGAGUUUCUUCUCCAGGUGGAGUCUUUAAGGACUUGCUCAGGCAUGGGAACUACGGCGUCGGUCGCGGAGGCGGUGGUGGUAGUGGAGGAGACAACGGAGGAUCAGGAGAGGAUGGUAAUUCGGAAUCUGAUUCCAACGUUUCGCAGAACGGUGUAACCAUUGGGUGGAGAGAAGGGGUUGAAGCGGAUCCUCAGUUCCCUCUCAAGGUUCCUGAUGGAAGAACGAGCUCGAUCCGUCUUUUCCACCCUGGUUAUCCGUUCCAUACUGAAUUCCAUAUUCUCAUGUUCUACCACCUCCUUACACACACAACCUUGGCUUCAACCGUCUUCGCAAAUUCUCCCAAGACCCAUAUUUGUACCGCAACGGGAUUUGAUUCUGGACUUUCUGGAACAGCCGUUUCAAACAGGCUGAUCAACAAGGCAAAGAAGAUAGAUCCUGAAUCUGAGCCACCCAACUAAAUCCUCGUUUCCCUGUUUUGAACUUACUCACUUGGGCCAUUCACAUGAGCAUCAGCAGUAAUCUGAGAUGCCGAUCUUUACAGGGAUCAACGGUAUGUUGGCUAAAUCAGUUCCUUCAUUGGCGUUCAUUACAUCAGUGUUGGCCCUAAGAUGCCCAAACUAUAUUCUUGGGGGAAUGUCAUUUGUGAUGUUGGUGAGGCUGAUAAAAUUAAUGGAGAAAGAUCAGAGAAUCAAAGAAAGAGAAAUGAGAAUCAAAGAAAAAGAAAUGAAUUUCAAAUUAUCAGAGGAAAGGAGGAUGACACUCAAGUUAUCCCGCUGAAUCCAUUUUUCAACCUUUGAAUGAAUGAUCAACUUCACA